UUAUUUACCUGCUCAAACAACGUAGAUGGUUCUGAAGUGAGUUUCAGUCAUUACAAAAUGAAAAUCAGUGUGAAACAAUGAGAAGAAGCAGGAAAUCAAAGUGAGAAGUUGCGUUUCCACACACAGGAAGCUGAAUCUGGUGCCUGAGAAGCAGCGGUUCAGAAGGAGAGACAUCGAUGGAUCAGACGUUUCUGUUAAUGAUCCUGAUGCUUCGGUUCACAGCCUCUGGACGACUUUCCUCCUUCACUGUCGCUGUCAGAGACGACGUGACUUUGCCUUGUGAAAACGCCAGCGCUGAUCAGGACCAAUGUCAGAACACGACGUGGCUCCUCCAGGAUCCAGGAAGCAGCAGGACAGACGCUGUGGUGGAACGUGGACGGACUGAAGCGUCCACAGCCCACAGACGGAGGCUGACGGAGAAGUGCUCUCUGCUCAUAGAGAAGGUCACAGUUCAGGAUGUGGGUCGUUACACGUGCACACGAGGAGCAGGAGCCUCUGAGGUUUAUCUGUCUGUUGUUCACAUGAAUGAGUAUGAAGCUGCUGAUGAGGUCUACGUCUACUGUUACGUGUCCACACACAAACACUGUAAGCCGUCAGUGAAGUGGCUUCAUCACAGUCAAGUGUUUACGAGUCACAGAGACGUGAAGGCGUCACACACUCUCUACUACGCUGUCGUGUCUCUUCUGGAUUCUCACCGUGUUCACGCAUCAGUCAUGAACUCGUUAACGUGUGAAGUCACUGAUUGUUUCACUAACGUUCAUCGGUUUCCAUUCAGACCUCCGGCCUCAGAGGAAAAUGUAACAUUCAAAGAGACAACAACUGAAGAUGCAACAAUUCAAAGCACAGCAUUAGAAGAUAACGGUUGGUGGAGGAUCAUCAUCGUCUCUGUGGCCUUAACGACACUCAUAGUUAUUGUUGUUGUGGUCAACGUUUGGACCAGAACCAAAGGAAAUAAAAGAGUGAGAAAUGAAAACACAGUGAGUGGAUAAAGUUCUCUGUUAUUACGUUACAGAGCAAAGCAGGAGCUUUAAUAUCUGCGCUGUUGUUUCCACAGCUUCAUGAUGAAGAUGAAGAUGAAGAUGCAGUGAAUUAUGAAAACGUUGGAGUCUCGUCUGCUUCAGUCUGACUCCACUGAGCAACAACUUCAUCAACUCACCACAAACAAGUCGCUGCUGCUGUUAAAAGCUUUGUGUUCAACAAAUGAAUUAAUUCAGUCUGUAACAACCUUCAUGUUGUGACUGAUGAUUAAAUGAGCUGUCAAUAAAAACA